AUGACAAUUUUUCCCACCAAAAUCAAUCUUGAACCUUUAAAUUCUGUUUCACCCACCCUCAUCCUAUCUUCCUCACUCACUCAUUCUUAUCAUAUCUAUCUCACUCACAUUCACUCUCUCUCAACAACUCUCAAAUCUUGCUCUUCCUCUCAUCUACUCUCUCUCUCUCAUAUCUGUCUCACCCACUGUAUCUCUCUCAUUCACUCUUUAUCCCAUUUGUCUCACUCUGAUUCUCUCUCUCUUGAUCAGUCGCUGUCUUCCUCUCAUCCUCUUUCAUAUCUGUCUCACCCACUCUCAUUCACUCUUAUCCUAUCUGUUUGUCUCACACUCACUCACUCACUCUUCUUCUCUCAACUGUCUCUUCCUCUCAUUGUCUCCAUCUCACUCUCGUAUCUAUCUUACCCACUCUCAUCCUAUCUUUCUCUCUCUCUCACUCAUCACAGCUGUCUGUUCUUCAUAUCCUGUUUGUUUCACCCCCUCUCAACCUGUCUGCUUUUCUCUGACCAUUCUCAGUCUUGCUCUCUCACUCUCUCCCAUCCCGUUAAUUUUCUCCUUUCUUUCUUUCUUUCUUCUCAAGUAAUUUUCUUCUUUCUUGCUUUCUUCUCAAGUAAUUUUCUUCUUUCUUUCUUUCUUUCUUCUCAAGUAAUUUUCUUCUUUCUUUCUUCUCAAGUAAUUUUCUUCUUUCUUUCUUCUCAAGUAAUUUUCUUCUUUCUUUCUUCUCAAGUAAUUUUCUUCUUUCUUUUCUUCUCAAGUAAUUUUCUUCUUUCUUUCUUUCUUUCUUCUCAAGUAAUUUUCUUCUUUCUUUCUUUCUUUCUUCUCAACAAUUUUAUUCUUUCUUUCUUUCUUUCUUUCUUCUCAAGUAAUUUUCUUCUUUCUUUCUUCUCAAGUAAUUUUCUUCUUUCUUUCUUCUCAAGUAAUUUUCUUCUUUCUUUCUUCUCAAGUAAUUUUCUUCUUUCUUUCUUCUCAAGUAAUUUUCUUCUUUCUUUCUUCUCAAGUAAUUUUCUUCUUUCUUUCUUCUCAAGUAAUUUUCUUCUUUCUUUCUUCUCAAGUAAUUUUCUUCUUUCUUUCUUCUCAAGUAAUUUUCUUCUUUCUUUCUUCUCAAGUAAUUUUCUUCUUUCUUUCUUCUCAAGUAAUUUUUCUUCUUUCUUUUCUUCUCAAGUAAUUUUCUUCUUUCUUUCUUCUCAAGUAAUUUUCUUCUUUCUUUCUUCUCAAGUAAUUUUCUUCUUUCUUUCUUCUCAAGUAAUUUUCUUCUUUCUUUCUUCUCAAGUAAUUUUCUUCUUUCUUUCUUCUCAAGUAAUUUUCUUCUUUCUUUCUUUCUUUCUUCUCAAUAAUUUUCUUCUUUCUUUCUUUCUUCUCAAGCAAUUUUCUUCUUUCUUUCUUUCUUCUCAAGCAAUUUUCUUCUUUCUUUCUUUCUUCUCAAGUAAUUUUCUUCUUUCUUUCUUUCUUCUCAAGCAAUUUUCUUCUUUCUUUCUUUCUUCUCAAGCAAUUUUCUUCUUUCUUUCUUUCUUCUCAAGCAAUUUUCUUCUUUCUUUCUUUCUUCUCAAGCAAUUUUCUUCUUUCUUUCUUUCUUCUCAAGCAAUUUUCUUCUUUCUUUCUUUCUUCUCAAGCAAUUUUCUUCUUUCUUUCUUUCUUCUCAAUAAUUUUAUUUUCUUUCUCUUUUUCUUUCUUCUCAAUUUUAUUCUUUCUGUCUUCUCAAGUAAUUUUGUUUUUUCUUCUUUAGUAAUUUUUUCUUUCUUUCUUUCUUCUAAUGCUAAUUUUGUUCUUUCUAAUUCUAUUCUUUACUAUUUACUUGGUCUUUGUCUAUCUGAUGGCUUUUUAUCUGUUUAUCUAUCUAUCUAUCUAUCUAUCUAUCUAUCUAUCUUUUUAUCUAUCUAUCUAGUAGCUCCCACAAGUGCUAGAAAGAACCUUGACUCCUACCUUACCCAGCCUGGGGCUCUUGAACUAUGUUAUCCUUAUUAUGACUAUUAUUCAAUUUCACUUUUUUCUUAUUUGUUUCCAUAUUACUCCCCAUCACUUUCUCUUUUUGUUUUUGUUUUGUUAAAUUUGUUUUUAUUUUUAUCUUAUCAUUAUUAUUACUUCCAUCUUUAUCCUCAUCUUCUUUAUUUUCUACUUCUCCAUUCUAUUCACCAUCAUCUUCUUCUUCCCAUUAUUAUUAUUAUUCACCUCUGCCUUUUCCUUCUUCUUUAUCCUCAUCUUCAUUUUCUACUUCUCCAUCCUAUUCACCAUCACCUUCAUAUUCCCAUUAUUAUUAUUAUUAUUAUUAUUAUUCCCCUCUGCCUUUUCCUUCUUCUUUAUCCUCAUCUUCUUCAUUUUCUACUUCUCCAUCCUAUUCACCAUCACCUUCGUAUUCCCAUUAUUAUUAUUAUUAUUAUUAUUAUUAUUCACCUCUGCCUUUUCCUUCUUCUUUAUCCUCAUCUUCUUCAUUUUCUACUUCUCCAUCCUAUUCACCCUCAUCUUCUUCUUCUUUAUUAUUAUUAUUAUUAUUCCCCUCUGCCUUUUUCCUUCUUCUUUAUCCUCAUCUUCUUCAUUUUCUACUUCUCCAUCCUAUUCACCAUCACCUUCGUAUUCCCAUUAUUAUUAUUAUUAUUAUUAUUAUUAUUCACCUCUGCCUUUUCCUUCUUCUUUAUCCUCAUCUUCUUCAUUUUCUACUUCUCCAUCCUAUUCACCCUCAUCUUCUUCUUCCCAUUAUUAUUAUUAUUAUUAUUCCCCUCUGCCUUUUCCUUCUUCUUUAUCCUCAUCUUCUUCAUUUUCUACUUCUCCAUCCUAUUCAUCAUCAUCUUCUUCUUCCCAUUAUUAUUAUUAUUAUUAUUAUUAUUCCCCUCUUCCUUUUCCUUCUUCUUUAUCCUCACCUUCUUCAUUUUCUACUUCUCCAUCCUAUUCACCAUCAUCUUCUUCUUCCCAUUAUUAUUAUUAUUAUUAUUAUUAUUAUUCCCCCCCUGCCUUUUCCUUCUUCUUUAUCCUCACCUUCUUCAUUUUCUACUUCUCCAUCCUAUUCACCAUCAUCUUCUUCUUCCCAUUAUUAUUAUUAUUAUUAUUAUUAUUAUUAUUGCCUUAUUCCCAUUUUCUACUGCCUUUUCUUCUUCCAUUAUUAUUAUUAUUAUUCCCCUUUCUUUUCCUUUUUUUAUCCUCACCUUCUUCAUUUUCUUCUCCAUCCUAUUCACCAUCAUCUUCUUCUUCCCAUUAUUAUUAUUAUUAUUAUUAUUAUUAUUAUUAUUAUUCCCUCUUCCUUUUCCUUCUUCUUUAUCCUCACCUUCUUCAUUUUCUACUUCUCCAUCCUAUUCACCAUCAUCUUCUUCUUCCCAUUAUUAUUAUUAUUAUUAUUAUUAUUAUUAUUAUUAUUAUUAUUAUUCCCCUCUUCCUUUUCCUUCUUUUUAUCCUCACCUUCUUCAUUUUCUACUUCUCCAUCCUAUUCACCAUCAUCUUCUUCUUCCCAUUAUUAUUAUUAUUAUUAUUAUUAUUAUUAUUCCCCUCUGUCUUUUCCUUCUUCCUUAUCCUCAUCAUCUUCAUUUUCUACUUCUUCAUCUUAUUCACCAUCAUUUUCACAUUAUGAUAAAUCAAUGCUUAUUUCUAAACAUUAUCAAUAUUAUCAUUGUUCCUUAUAUGCUUAUCUUGCAUGCAUACAAAAUUUAUAACUUGCAUAUAACUCCUGUAGUUCAGUUGUUAAUGUCAAGAGUCAUUUGUAAAGAAAGGUAA